ACAUGAAGCACCAUUUUAGGACAGUAAAUCAACAUGUACACCAACUUGAUAUUAUUAAUCCUGGCCAGCGCCCAUAUUUGGGCAGCUCGUAUUGAGCUCAGUGACCAUGACAUGCACCCUCACCUUCCCGCAGUGGCAAACCCUUCCGACGUAGAUCCAGCAGAAGGUACAUCUAGCUACUGGAUAGACAACGCUCAAAAAACCGUCCAAGAAAAAGCUACUCGACCACUAAAUCAAAAUACAGCGAAAAAUGUGAUUCUUUUUCUUGGGGAUGGUAUGUCGAUACCCACAAUUACAGCAGCUCGUGUCUACAAUGGAGGCGAAGAAACUCAAUUAUCGUUUGAGAAAUUCCCAUACACUGCACUAUCGAAGACUUAUGCUGUCAAUCGACAAGUGGCUGAUUCUGCAAACACGGCUACUGCGUAUUUGUGUGGAGUCAAAGCCAACUACGGUACCAUUGGUGUUGGACCUGAAGUAACACGAUACGACUGUCCGGCCAUGACAAACACCACAAACUACGCCCACUCUAUUGCCUACUAUUCUCAGUUACAAGACAAAAAGACUGGUAUUGUAACCACAGCUAGAGUUACUCAUGCGUCUCCUGCAGGUGUGUAUGCUCACACUUCUAAUAGAGACUGGGAAUCAGACAGUAAUGUCCUGAAUGACGACGAAGACCCAGAAGUUUGUGCAGACAUAGCCACCCAGCUGCUUGAGGGUGACACUGGCAAGAACGUGAACGUGAUUUUCGGAGGUGGAAGAGCAAAAUUUUUGCCAAACGAUGUGGAGGAUGAUGAAGGUCACAAAGGAGACCGAAGCGAUGGGGUUGAUUUGAUUAAAAAAUGGGUAUCUGACAGAGAUAGUGCCCAAUAUGUGUGGAACAGAGACCAGCUUCUGGCUUUGGGUGAUGUACAGAACGUUCUGGGUUUGUUCGGGCAUGACCAUAUGGACUACAACUUGGACAGAGAUAACACCAUGGAUCCCUCGUUAGCUGAAAUGACGGAAGCCGCUAUUAAAAUUCUAAGUACAGGGGAAAAUGGCUAUUUCUUGUUUGUUGAAGGUGCUAGGAUAGAUAUGGCUCACCAUGGUGCCGAAGCACGAGUUGCUCUAGACGAAACGGUUGAAUUUGCUAAAGCUAUUCAAGCAGCUGUAGAUUUGACAGAUGAAGCUGAUACACUGAUUGUAGUGACGUCUGAUCAUGCCCACACUAUGAGCUACAGUGGUUAUGCUAGUCGACACAAUGACAUUUUGGAGUUUGGUGGAACUGGUAGUGAUGGUAGGGUUUAUACUACAUUAAAUUAUGCUAACGGUCCUGGUUAUAAGUUGAAUGAUGCUGAUGGAUCCAGGCACGAUAUCACUCAAGAUGAUUACGAGGCAACACAUUAUCGGUUCCCGGCAGUCGCACCAUUGGGUUCAGAAACACAUGGUGGUGACGAUGUUGCAGUUUUUGCUCGAGGGCCAUAUGCUCAUCUGUUCUCUGGAACUAUAGAGCAAAAUGUUAUUCCGCAUUUGAUGUCGUACGCUUCGUGUGUUGGCGAAGGUUACACAGCUUGCAUGGAUAAUCAAAAUAAACAAAAAGUACACAAUUACAUUUAGAUAUUGUAGAUUGUAUGAUCGUUAUUAAAGUUGAUGAUGCUGAUAAAA